CACUGGGCGCUUUAAAAAAUAUGUUGGGUUAGCUGAGAGAGCAUCAGCGCCCAAGAGUGGUACAGGUCACCCAAUUUCUUGUCCUUUCGAGUCUGAAACUAUUAAUUAGGCCUUUCAAGGUCGUGGAAGAAAACGCGGUAGUCUUUGAAAGUGGUGUGGUUUAAACCCAUUUUUUACAAAUCCAUACCAAGAUGAAAGCUGUUUGUGUUAUGACUGGUACAGCUGGCGUAAAAGGCGUUGUCAAAUUCACUCAGGAAACUGACAAUGGACCUGUUAAUGUGCACGCCGAAUUUAGUGGACUCAAGGCUGGUAAACAUGGCUUUCAUGUUCAUGAAUUUGGUGAUACAACAAAUGGAUGUAUUUCAGCUGGAGCUCAUUUCAAUCCAACUAAACAAGAGCAUGGAGCACCAGAAGAUAGUAUUCGUCAUGUUGGUGACCUGGGUAAUGUUGUGGCGGGUGUUGAUGGAAACGCAGUUUAUAACGCGACUGACAAAUUGAUAUCUUUGAACGGCCCUCAUUCAAUAAUUGGUCGAACUAUGGUCAUUCAUGAAAAUGAAGAUGAUUUAGGCCGUGGUGGACAUGAGCUCAGUAAAGUAACUGGUAAUGCUGGUGGCCGUCUAGCUUGUGGCGUUAUCGGUUUAGCUUCUGAGUAGAGUUGUAGAUUUAUGUUUUUACAUUUUUAACGCCUAUUCUUCCUGUGAAACAGUAUGGUCGUUAUUGUCAAGAAAGGAAAUUUUGUGUUCUAAAUGAUUGAAAAAUAAAGUCAUUAAAUAUGAUUGAUUUAUUCUUUCUGUAUCUACUGGACACGAUUUUCCUAACGGAGUUGUCAGUCAGUCAGCUACAACGUAGGACCAGGCACAUAUGUGCAUCGGUCCACGUUGACAUACCUCAUUAGCACAGCAAGAUGAACACCGAAUUCAUAGGAGUGGUUAAGUCGAUGGUGGUAAUAUAUAAAAGAAAGAUUGCAUAUAAGGAUAUAGUACAGGAAGAAACAAUUAGUUCGUAGAAAGAAAGAUAUGAAGUGAUUUUAAUCUCAUAUUUUAAGGGAAGACAAAGAGUGUAUACACCUACGCCAUUGUGAUCAAUUCUGAGCCAUGUCACCAAGAGUCUCUAACCAUUGGUUACGAUAAUCACGCGGACCCCAACCAAGUAGUCUGCAUCUACCAACAUGGCUCAGACUAGAAGUUAAUGAUUUCAAUGACUGAUGCCACGUUUUGAUUUGGCUGUCCCUAACUUCCAGUCGUCUCCAACAAUAGUCAGCAUUGAGCGUCUUGGUAGUCGGUGUUCAGGCAUACAUAGCACGUGGCCAAAUCAUCUUAGUCGAUGAAGAUUUAUAACCUCAUCGACUGAUUUAACAUCAUUACCUAAUAUCCUGCGUCUAACCUCACUAUUACUUACCCGGUAAUCCCCGCAGAUGCCAGUAAUAUUUCUAAGGCAUCUGUGAUCAAAUACUAGUAACUUACGAGUAUCUUCUACUCUUAAUGACCACGUUUCGCAGCUGUAAAGUAAAACAGAACGAACUGCUGCACAUUAUAUUCAUCCCUUAAUUGAUAGACGGAUAUCUCGCCUUCGUCAUAGGUGACGUAAGUUGACAAAAGUCAAACGACCUUUUUGAAUCCAUGCAGUGAUUUGGUCAAAAACCAAACCAUUAUGAUCAGACUUCAAAGAUAAAUGAAGUUAUCGACGUGUUCGACUACUUCAUUCCCUAUCCUUAGUUCAUAUCUGCUGCAUCAAACGUUGAAGGUGAUCCCAGUUUCGGGAUAAAAAAUAACACCAACUACUUAUAUCAACAAUAUCAGCUCUAUUUGGGAAAUCAUUCACUAAUGACAGAAAGUUUGGUGCCUGUCGUUUCAAAUAGUGGCAACUGUGUGCUUUCAAAGUGUUUCUGUUGAGGUAUCUAUGACUUGAUUUCAUCGAUUCAGAAUGACAUGCUCCAAAUUAUCCCCGUCUCUACUUGUUAUAACCGCAAUAAACAGCUACUUAAAACAGGAAAACACUGAAGUUUAUACGAUGCCAUGAUGACUACAAAGGCUAACAGCAAAUGAAAAUUCUAUUCACCCUUCACAAAUGUGAUAACCACUCUAAUCAAAAUACACUCACUUAUGUAUAAAUUUGACUGGCGUCUGUAUGUGGAAAUGUCAUUUUAUUAGAAAAAUCCUAUUCCGAUUGGCAGCCGUUAUAUCUUCUGAUAUUAGUUCUUUGGACACUUGUGUCAGUAAUUUGAUUUCAUUAAUGGUUAUCACUUGGCCGUAUUGUAUCAGCGCAUAUCAUCUAUCGAUGAAAAUUGCAUUCACUCAUCUAAAUAGUGAGUAAAAUCAUCUAACAUGCUACCACUUAACUGGUAUGUUUUACUAUUAUUGUUAAGUUUAUACAUAUUACUGCUCGAAUAAAUAAACUCAUUCACCAGGUAAUUGGGUGUGGGCCACACUAGUUGCGAGGGCUAACGGUACCUCUUGCUAGCCCAAGUAAUUGAGGCGGGGUUUGAACACGGAACUUUGUGGUUGUUGUUGAUGGCUAGAUCCCCAGAAGUUACUUGAUAAGUGUCUCAUUUUUGUAAUUUUAUUUUGGAAAUUUCAAUUUCUUGUUUUCACGCCAAAAGCACCCAUUUUCACCGUUAUAUCGUAUUUCCCACUUGGAAGGACCUUAAAUGUCAUUGGUUCGUUGUCUCUCUCAAUAUGUUAUUUUGUAACGUUUCCCAAGGACAUUUUUAUGCUGUAUAUAUACGCUUGAGUUUUGCCUGUUUUUGUUCGUGCUUCUGGCUGCUUGUGGAAUCCAUUUUCGCUCUUCUGAGCCUGAACUUCUCUCUCUAGUUAGCGGAACUGGGAUUCAUCGUAAUAGUUAGCUUAUUUGGUCAUUGUAUCUCAGAGUCUUCGUUCCGUCCUCAGAUUUAGGUGAACUCUUAAUCUCUUCAAACAUAGCGGUGAUCGAAAGUAGAAUGUCUUAACCACUAAACAACUGCUCAUGUUAGUGUAGAGCCAUGGUAGGAAACUAAUUGUGAAGAGAUGUUUCACUCUAUUCGUUUUUUACUACAUAUCUAGAUUUAAGUUUUCGCUUUUCUGAAAUUCUUAACUUAUUCAAAUCAUAAUAUUUUGACCCAUGGCCUCAAUGGCGCAGGUGUAUCCACUCUUUGUGUUCUCCCAAAUUCUAAUUUUCUGAAUCCUUCAUGUCCUUUUUUUCUCUUUCCAAAUUUAUUUCACUGGAUUAUACUCUUUAAAUAACAUCUCCAAACCCUAAUCUUCCCGAUUACUGCUUAUACUCUUAUUACCUCUACCACUACGGGAUUUGAAUCGACAACUGCAUCUCUGUGCUAAUGUGGUGUGGCAACUCGAACUGAUGUACGUACGUACGAAGUUCUACGUUGUUACUGACUGACUGACCAUGACCUCAUUAGGUUUCUCAACAAAAAAACGUUUUGUAGGCUAUCAUGUCAGUGAAUUUUCAACUGUAAUAUGAGGAAUAUUAUCGAUGGUUCCAUUUUAUCCAUUGCUGAAGUAGUCUAAUUUUUAAACAUAACCAUCUACAAAAUUUUAAACAGAUAAUUAGUAAUAUUUUUAACCCUUAUUACUCUAGACCGAAUACAAGUGAUUGUCAAACUUAUUUGUUCAUUUCUAUGUUAUUGGGUACUUCAAUACCAUAGAAUGCUAUAAGUUGAAAUCUCUUUUAUAAUUCAUUGGUAUUUAUGUAAGUAUUUUGUAUCUUUAAUUUAGAUUCAUGAAAAUGAAGAUGAUUUAGGCCGUGGUGGACAUGAGCUCAGUAAAGUAACUGGUAAUGCUGGUGGCCGUCUAGCUUGUGGCGUUAUCGGUUUAGCUUCUGAGUAGAGUUGUAGAUUUAUGUUUUUACAUUUUUAACGCCUAUUCUUCCUGUGAAACAGUAUGGUCGUUAUUGUCAAGAAAGGAAAUUUUGUGUUCUAAAUGAUUGAAAAAUAAAGUCAUUAAAUAUGAUUGAUUUAUUCUUUCUGUAUCUACUGGACACGAUUUUCCUAACGGAGUUGUCAGUCAGUCAGCUACAACGUAGGACCAGGCACAUAUGUGCAUCGGUCCACGUUGACAUACCUCAUUAGCACAGCAAGAUGAACACCGAAUUCAUAGGAGUGGUUAAGUCGAUGGUGGUAAUAUAUAAAAGAAAGAUUGCAUAUAAGGAUAUAGUACAGGAAGAAACAAUUAGUUCGUAGAAAGAAAGAUAUGAAGUGAUUUUAAUCUCAUAUUUUAAGGGAAGACAAAGAGUGUAUACACCUACGCCAUUGUGAUCAAUUCUGAGCCAUGUCACCAAGAGUCUCUAACCAUUGGUUACGAUAAUCACGCGGACCCCAACCAAGUAGUCUGCAUCUACCAACAUGGCUCAGACUAGAAGUUAAUGAUUUCAAUGACUGAUGCCACGUUUUGAUUUGGCUGUCCCUAACUUCCAGUCGUCUCCAACAAUAGUCAGCAUUGAGCGUCUUGGUAGUCGGUGUUCAGGCAUACAUAGCACGUGGCCAAAUCAUCUUAGUCGAUGAAGAUUUAUAACCUCAUCGACUGAUUUAACAUCAUUACCUAAUAUCCUGCGUCUAACCUCACUAUUACUUACCCGGUAAUCCCCGCAGAUGCCAGUAAUAUUUCUAAGGCAUCUGUGAUCAAAUACUAGUAACUUACGAGUAUCUUCUACUCUUAAUGACCACGUUUCGCAGCUGUAAAGUAAAACAGAACGAACUGCUGCACAUUAUAUUCAUCCCUUAAUUGAUAGACGGAUAUCUCGCCUUCGUCAUAGGUGACGUAAGUUGACAAAAGUCAAACGACCUUUUUGAAUCCAUGCAGUGAUUUGGUCAAAAACCAAACCAUUAUGAUCAGACUUCAAAGAUAAAUGAAGUUAUCGACGUGUUCGACUACUUCAUUCCCUAUCCUUAGUUCAUAUCUGCUGCAUCAAACGUUGAAGGUGAUCCCAGUUUCGGGAUAAAAAAUAACACCAACUACUUAUAUCAACAAUAUCAGCUCUAUUUGGGAAAUCAUUCACUAAUGACAGAAAGUUUGGUGCCUGUCGUUUCAAAUAGUGGCAACUGUGUGCUUUCAAAGUGUUUCUGUUGAGGUAUCUAUGACUUGAUUUCAUCGAUUCAGAAUGACAUGCUCCAAAUUAUCCCCGUCUCUACUUGUUAUAACCGCAAUAAACAGCUACUUAAAACAGGAAAACACUGAAGUUUAUACGAUGCCAUGAUGACUACAAAGGCUAACAGCAAAUGAAAAUUCUAUUCACCCUUCACAAAUGUGAUAACCACUCUAAUCAAAAUACACUCACUUAUGUAUAAAUUUGACUGGCGUCUGUAUGUGGAAAUGUCAUUUUAUUAGAAAAAUCCUAUUCCGAUUGGCAGCCGUUAUAUCUUCUGAUAUUAGUUCUUUGGACACUUGUGUCAGUAAUUUGAUUUCAUUAAUGGUUAUCACUUGGCCGUAUUGUAUCAGCGCAUAUCAUCUAUCGAUGAAAAUUGCAUUCACUCAUCUAAAUAGUGAGUAAAAUCAUCUAACAUGCUACCACUUAACUGGUAUGUUUUACUAUUAUUGUUAAGUUUAUACAUAUUACUGCUCGAAUAAAUAAACUCAUUCACCAGGUAAUUGGGUGUGGGCCACACUAGUUGCGAGGGCUAACGGUACCUCUUGCUAGCCCAAGUAAUUGAGGCGGGGUUUGAACACGGAACUUUGUGGUUGUUGUUGAUGGCUAGAUCCCCAGAAGUUACUUGAUAAGUGUCUCAUUUUUGUAAUUUUAUUUUGGAAAUUUCAAUUUCUUGUUUUCACGCCAAAAGCACCCAUUUUCACCGUUAUAUCGUAUUUCCCACUUGGAAGGACCUUAAAUGUCAUUGGUUCGUUGUCUCUCUCAAUAUGUUAUUUUGUAACGUUUCCCAAGGACAUUUUUAUGCUGUAUAUAUACGCUUGAGUUUUGCCUGUUUUUGUUCGUGCUUCUGGCUGCUUGUGGAAUCCAUUUUCGCUCUUCUGAGCCUGAACUUCUCUCUCUAGUUAGCGGAACUGGGAUUCAUCGUAAUAGUUAGCUUAUUUGGUCAUUGUAUCUCAGAGUCUUCGUUCCGUCCUCAGAUUUAGGUGAACUCUUAAUCUCUUCAAACAUAGCGGUGAUCGAAAGUAGAAUGUCUUAACCACUAAACAACUGCUCAUGUUAGUGUAGAGCCAUGGUAGGAAACUAAUUGUGAAGAGAUGUUUCACUCUAUUCGUUUUUUACUACAUAUCUAGAUUUAAGUUUUCGCUUUUCUGAAAUUCUUAACUUAUUCAAAUCAUAAUAUUUUGACCCAUGGCCUCAAUGGCGCAGGUGUAUCCACUCUUUGUGUUCUCCCAAAUUCUAAUUUUCUGAAUCCUUCAUGUCCUUUUUUUCUCUUUCCAAAUUUAUUUCACUGGAUUAUACUCUUUAAAUAACAUCUCCAAACCCUAAUCUUCCCGAUUACUGCUUAUACUCUUAUUACCUCUACCACUACGGGAUUUGAAUCGACAACUGCAUCUCUGUGCUAAUGUGGUGUGGCAACUCGAACUGAUGUACGUACGUACGAAGUUCUACGUUGUUACUGACUGACUGACCAUGACCUCAUUAGGUUUCUCAACAAAAAAACGUUUUGUAGGCUAUCAUGUCAGUGAAUUUUCAACUGUAAUAUGAGGAAUAUUAUCGAUGGUUCCAUUUUAUCCAUUGCUGAAGUAGUCUAAUUUUUAAACAUAACCAUCUACAAAAUUUUAAACAGAUAAUUAGUAAUAUUUUUAACCCUUAUUACUCUAGACCGAAUACAAGUGAUUGUCAAACUUAUUUGUUCAUUUCUAUGUUAUUGGGUACUUCAAUACCAUAGAAUGCUAUAAGUUGAAAUCUCUUUUAUAAUUCAUUGGUAUUUAUGUAAGUAUUUUGUAUCUUUAAUUUAGAUUCAUGAAAAUGAAGAUGAUUUAGGCCGUGGUGGACAUGAGCUCAGUAAAGUAACUGGUAAUGCUGGUGCCCGUCUAGCUUGUGGCGUUAUCGGUUUAGCUUCUGAGUAGAGUUGUAGAUUUAUGUUUUUACAUUUUUAACGCCUAUUCUUCCUGUGAAACAGUAUGGUCGUUAUUGUCAAGAAAGGAAAUUUUGUGUUCUAAAUGAUUGAAAAAUAAAGUCAUUAAAUAUGAUUGAUUUAUUCUUUCUGUAUCUACUGGACACGAUUUUCCUAACGGAGUUGUCAGUCAGUCAGCUACAACGUAGGACCAGGCACAUAUGUGCAUCGGUCCACGUUGACAUACCUCAUUAGCACAGCAAGAUGAACACCGAAUUCAUAGGAGUGGUUAAGUCGAUGGUGGUAAUAUAUAAAAGAAAGAUUGCAUAUAAGGAUAUAGUACAGGAAGAAACAAUUAGUUCGUAGAAAGAAAGAUAUGAAGUGAUUUUAAUCUCAUAUUUUAAGGGAAGACAAAGAGUGUAUACACCUACGCCAUUGUGAUCAAUUCUGAGCCAUGUCACCAAGAGUCUCUAACCAUUGGUUACGAUAAUCACGCGGACCCCAACCAAGUAGUCUGCAUCUACCAACAUGGCUCAGACUAGAAGUUAAUGAUUUCAAUGACUGAUGCCACGUUUUGAUUUGGCUGUCCCUAACUUCCAGUCGUCUCCAACAAUAGUCAGCAUUGAGCGUCUUGGUAGUCGGUGUUCAGGCAUACAUAGCACGUGGCCAAAUCAUCUUAGUCGAUGAAGAUUUAUAACCUCAUCGACUGAUUUAACAUCAUUACCUAAUAUCCUGCGUCUAACCUCACUAUUACUUACCCGGUAAUCCCCGCAGAUGCCAGUAAUAUUUCUAAGGCAUCUGUGAUCAAAUACUAGUAACUUACGAGUAUCUUCUACUCUUAAUGACCACGUUUCGCAGCUGUAAAGUAAAACAGAACGAACUGCUGCACAUUAUAUUCAUCCCUUAAUUGAUAGACGGAUAUCUCGCCUUCGUCAUAGGUGACGUGAAUCAACUCUAACGGAGUUGACUAGUCAAGUGUUGGAUACUUGAUAGAUAUCUGGAUUUAUCGUUUGUUCCGUAGUUCAUGUAGUUUCAUAUGUAUUUAAACGAAGGUUUUGCGCAUUUGUCUAGACUUCAUCGGUGCAUAUUUUGAAUAAUAAAAUUGUUCAAUCAAGUAAAGUAGUUUACAUUCUAAACUACUUCACUAAUUGUCUUCAAACUAAAGGUGUCUUGCAUUUUCUAUAGGCUGGCUUCCGUCAUACUUCGUAGGUUGUUCAAGACCCGAGAAAGAUUGACUCGCGACGAGCAGGCUGGGUUUCGUUCUGGUCGAGGAUGUAUUGAUCAUAUCUUUACCCUCCGCCAAAUGUUAGAACACCGCCAUACUUAUCAAAGUCCAACAAUCGUAGUGUUUCUUGACAUCAGGGCUGCCUUCGAUUCGUUGGACAGGACUGUUCUCUGGGAUUGUCUAUUGAAGAAGGGUGUGCCUGAGAAGUUUAUUAACAUCCUAAAAGCCCUACAUACAAACACCUCAGGCAG